GAGGAGGAGGAGGAGGAGGAGGGAGAACAUGGAGGAUGUUAGCCAGCAGCUCUGUGUAGUCUCUGUGGUGGAGGACUGAGUCUGAACUGACUGCUCUAGAGAGAACGCACACGCAUACCAAGUGAGCGCUUUAUCAUCUGAGCUCAUUCGUCUGUGUUUUAAAGGAGUUUAACCUUUUCUUCUCUCCACUACCCAUGUGACCGGCCGGUUGUCCAGUUGCAGACGGCUGUUCACAAAGAUGAGUGGGAAGAGGGACGAGCUGGAGGAUCGCCUCAACGACAUGCUGUCGCGCAUCGCCACGGAGACGCAGGAGAUCAAAGAGCUGGAGCAACAGCUGACCGAUGGUCAGAUUUUGGCCAACGAGGCGCUUCAGAGGGAUUUGGAGGGAAUCAUCUCUGGACUUCAGGAGUACCUGAGAGGACUCAGACAGCAGGCUCGUCAUGCUCAGCAGCAGGUUCAGAGUCUGCAGGCUGAAAACCAGAGUCUGCAGCUCCUCCUGGAGGACACUCAGAGGUAUUGCAGACAGCUGGAGGACAGCACCAGGACACACAGACAGGACAUGUCCGCCCAGCAGGAGGAGCUGUCUGUGCUGCGGACAGAGGCCCAGGCUCUGAGAGACAGACAGGUGGAGAGCAGCAGACAGCAGGUGGAGCUGGAGGCAGAGCUCCAGCAGCUGAGGGAGGAGUUAACCCGGCAGGUUACACUAGGACAGUUGGAGCGUGAGGCUCUGCAGGCAGCUGCAGACAAAGAGAAACAGACCAGAGAGAUCAGAGAGUCUCAGCUACAGUCAACCAUCGACACACUGCAGGAUGACAAAUCGUCUCUGCAGCAAAUAGUCCAGAGACUUCAGACCCAACUGGACCAGACCAAAGCCCAGUACAGAGACACCAGGACCCACCUUGACCAGACCAGAAUUCAGAUGGACCAAAUUACAGCUGCCUUGUUGGAUCCUGAGGUGGUUCAGAGUACAGCAGAGGAGCUGGGCCAAGACAAGUACAGUCCUGUCAGUCCUGAGGACAUGUUGUCCAGGAGCGUGGAACAGCUGUGCAGGGCAAUCCGGCAGACCAGGACCAGGAGGGACCGGCUCCAACACGAUCAUAACCACAGCCGGGAACAGCUAACCAGGCUGCAGGCCCUGCUAGACCAGGAUCAGGAUCAGAUAGCCCGGCUGGAAUCCCAGUUGAUCUGCGAUGUGGAGCGUGACCAGGACUCAGAAAGGAGGCUGAAGGAGGAGCUGAAGAGACUGAGAGUCAGACUGCAGAGGUCUCAGUGCAGGAACAAACACAGCCAACAUAAACUGGAGGCGGAGCUGGAGCGGAGCCGUCUGCAGCUUCAGGACGUCCAGCGGGAGAGAGACGCCCUGCGACAGCAGCUGCGUUCACAGAGCGACGGUCGGCAGAGGAGCCUCGGCCACCUGAACAGGAAACUACGGCGACUCAGCAGGUCCAUGUGUGACUCUGAUCAGCUGACGGCCGAACAGCUGAAAUCAACCGCCGAACAGCUGAGAGCCCUGAACCACAUGGUGGAGCUGCUGCACACACACACUGAGGAGGCUCCCAAUCUGGGCUCUCAGGGGACUCAGGACUCUGGUUUGGGGCUGCAGUACCUCAGUUCUCCUGAAAGGGGGCAACAGCAGGACCGACCACCCACAGGAGGAGGGUACUGGGUCUACAUCCCUGCGACACACACUGACUCUGACACAGCAGCAGAGUGGGGGGACAGUGGAGUAGGCGGUGGCAGGAGUUCCAGAGGACAGACUCCUCCUCCUGCCCCAGCUGCAGCUGUCUCUGCUGGGCAAGAAGACAGUCACACUCCCCUGGUUGGACCUACCUGGCUGCUCUGCGGUUCACCUGCAGCUGUCUACAGUCCUCCAGCAGGAGGCACCGCACUGCACUGCAACAUCCCAGAACACAGAGACACGCAGGUAGACAGGUGUGUGUGUGUGCACAAAGAAGCAGAGAGACUGGAGGAAGAGAAGAAGAAACUACGACUGGAAACCAAACAACUGCGACACACACUGAGACGGCACCGGAGUGUGAUGCAGGUGUGUGAUGAGGUGGAGUGUGUGGAGAAAACUCUACUGAAGAGACAAGCUGAGCUCCGGCAGGCUGACAGACUGCUGCUGGAGGCUCAGAGCUGCAUACACACCACCACAGCCAAGGCCAGUUCAGCUCAGCGUGAGGCCGACAUGUUACGGCGAACAGCUCAGGACAGCGCCACCUGUCUGCUGGAGGCCACACAGAACAUCAGAGAGCUGCAUGAGGAGGUGGAGGAGCUGAGGAGGAGGAGACAGGAGGAGGAGCAGACUCUGAGGGAGGUGGAGGAGGCUCUGAGGAGCAGAGAUCAUGAGUCACAACAACUCAGCGCAAAGAUACACUCAGCUAGAGACCGAUUGGCUGAUGUACUGUCAGACUGUCAGGACAAUCAGGAGCAUCUGGACUCACUCAUCAGUCAGGUGGAGCAGCAGGAGCAGAGGCUGCUUCAGAGGAGGACGGAGCAUCAAACAGCUGUGAACAGAGUGGAGGAGGUCAGACGGGAGGAGCAACGACUGCAGGACAGAGUGAAGGAGCUGCUGGACCAGCAGGAGGCGCUGUGGAGUGAGAGGAGGUCCACAGUCUGUGCUGAGAGACGAGACCAACAGAGACUCAUCACAGUGCAGGCUGACCUGCACACACACCGAGCAGAGCUCAAACAGGUCCUCCAGGAGUUACUUGUAGAGCAGCAGGCAUUGGAGGAAGUGAAAACCAAGCGAUCCCAGAGUCUCCAGCAGCUCCAUAGGAAACAGAAUCAGCUGGACGGAAUACAGGACGAGGUGGACAGGACGAAGGACGAGGUGGACAGGAUGAAGGAUGAACUGGACAGGACGAAGGACGACCUGGACAGGACGAAGGACGAGUUGGACAAGAGGAACACUGAGCUGGAACAGAAGCAGGAGGAAGUGGACAAGAGGAGGGACGAGUUGGUUGAGCUGCAACAGGAAGUUGAGUCCCGCAGGAAGGAGGCAGAGAUUCGUCUGAGAGAGACAAAGCAGCAGCAGACAGAACUGCAGCGGCAGCAGGAGGAGCUGAGCAGGAGGAGGGAGGAGAGGAGCAGCAUCCAGGAGCAGUGCAAACAGCUGGAGGCCAGACGGAGGCACGCUGACAGGUGUCUGUCAGCGGUGCAGGUGGAGCUUGCUAAACAGAGGCAGGAGCACAGCCACGCCCAGCUUCUCAAACAGGAAGUGGUCAGAGAUACAGACGGCGUUCAGGAGCAGCUGAACGAGAACUCUGAGCUGUUGUCUCUGCUCAGUGAACAGGUGGAGGAGAGGAGGAAACAGCUGCAGACUCUGGAACAGGAGCUGAGUGUUUCCAGCCAGCUGCAGCAGCAGAGAGCAGAACGACUGAAGCAGCUGGACUCACAGAUCCAACAGAAACAGGGGGUGUGUGUUGGAUUGGAGGAUGUUAAACCUGCAGUGCAUCAGUUGGACGACAGGUGGCGCCAUCUGACUGAACAGGAGCUGCAGCUCAACCAGUUCAAGGAGGAGCUGUGGGAGAGAGAGAAACAGCUGUUCUGUAAGGAGGAGGGGCUAAGACGGCAGGAGGAGGGGCUAAGACAACAGGGGGAGGGCCUACAGCUGAAAGAGGAGGGCCUACAAAACAAAUGUGAAGAGGAUGAAGGACACAAGGAGGAAGAGGAGGACAGCAGGGAGGAGGAGGAGGAGUCUUUCUACCUGUCUACAGCUGGUCUGAGAUCAGCCUGCAGUACUGAGGAGGACAGGUGGAAGGUCGAGCUAAAGAGAGAAAAACUGAGACAACGAGAGGAUCGACUGAAGGCUCGUCUGCGCUGCAGUUUGUGGGACCAGCAGGAGGCGCUGAAGGUGAGACGACUGGAGACUGAAGAGAGUCUACAGGAACUGAGACACAGACUGGACCAGCUGGACUCGCUGCUCCCACGCUGACAGCAGUUCAAACAUUCAGCAUCAGACACAUGAAGUCCUUUUGGUAGAUGUUCUGGAGCUUUCGAUCAGGACAUGGACUCGCCUGGUUAUCAGAGAUCAGAGGAUUUUUAAUCCGUGCUGCGUUUACAGUCGCAGGUUAACUCAUGGCUGAAACCUUUAAAGGACCACGUGCUGAUGAAAACAGUGUGGGAGGAUCAGAAGUUUCAGAACCAGAACGUUUGUUUUUACAGCUGCUGUUUGAGGUUAGAAUGAACUUUAAAUCUCAACUCUAUGCAUUUGAAUUAUGCAACAGCCAAUCAAAAUGCAGAUAUCACUUCACGAGAAUCAUCUGAUCGCAGUAAAGCAUUGAUCAGUCCGACAGGACUGAACCUCGUCCCUGAAGCCUUUUCUCUGCUAACACGAAUAUUCUGUUUGAAAGAGACAGCCUUGUUGAACCCCUGAUUGCAGUAACUCCCACAUGACUUGAAUGCAACAUCAGCGUUUGUGAUGAGAAGCCAAAAAUGUCUGAGGUCUGUGAACACAACACGACGCCUCUAUAAAACACGUCACUUUUAUCUUUGAAUUAAACUUCCGGUGUUGAAACUCG